GUUCACGCUUCCUAUCGUGCUCUCUGUACCCCGAUGGAUUCGGCGCAUGCAACGCGCCACCAAGCUUCCUGCGGCAUACGAACGCGUUCUCAUCAUUGGCGCCUCCAGUGGGAUUGGCCGUUCCAUCGCCCAUAUCUACGCGUCUCGAGGGGCUCGCGUAUGUGUAGUUGCGAGACGUGAACCGGACUUGCAGAAUGUCAUGGAAGAAUGUCGCGCGCUUUCCUCCAGAGGUGGUCAUAGCGAAUUCCAAGCCGGCGGGAGGAGAAUUAUUGGGGUCACCGCCGAUUUCACGAAUGUGGAGGAUAUGGUACGAGUGAGGACGGAAUUGGAGACAGAAUGGCGUGGCCUCGACACACUGCUUGUAUGCGCGGGCGUGAGCGCGUUACAGCCUUUGCUACACGUUGCUGGUGUACACUCAAUCGGCCUUCGCGCUUUCGACCCCCCUCAAGCAACGGUUGAAGGCAUCCAAGGAACCGUGGAUGUCGCGAACGCCGCCAUCGCAGGCAACUUCACUGGCCCUCUUGUCUCCGCAGUAUCUCUGAUCCCUCUGCUCACGACCACGUCUCCCUCACCUUCGAUACUGCUGCUGUCUUCUCUCGGAGCCGUCGUAGCACCGCCGACGCGAAGCUUGUACGGAUCAACAAAGGCCGCAUCGCUCAUGCUCUAUCGGUCACUCUCGAUAGAGCACCCAGAUAUCGCUUUCAGCUUCGUAUUGCCGGCAACUGUCGAGGGGGACUUCCGUGCAUCCGCCGUAGAUGGAGGAAGCAUUCGAGAAUCUGACCCGAACAAGAACGGGCUGAAACGAGAGUAUGUUGCCAAGUCAUGCGUCCGCGCUCUUGACGAAAGCAGUGGUAUCGUCUUUCUACCCUCCGUCUACAAGUGGGCUCAGCUUCUCUACUGGUUCUUCCCGUCGGUCGUCAACCAUCGGGCUCGAGUCAAAUACAACUACCCGCCGAUUGAGGCGCCGAAAUCCGCGAGCGAGUAACCCCCCGAAGGGCGAUACGUGACGUUACACACGACUGGGAUAUUCCGCAUGAUGACGAUGGCUGAAGCACGCAUACUCAACGAGUAGUAUCCCAUUUCAUAUCCUCCAUUUCACCCAUUUGUUGGUUCUCGGAUAUUUGAACAUGUUAUGUAGAUGCUAGCCAUU